UCUUGGCAGUGAGAUGUUGGCAUUCUUCGCCUCGACAGCACGCAUCAGAUACGGAGAUCAAAUACUCUUACUAAAUGAACAUCAACUUGAAAAUAAAAUAAAAGGAAAAUUUGUAGAGAAGUUAGAAGGUUCUGAGAAGAGAGACGUAACGGAUUACCUGGCACACAUCAAAGAUAAACCACGACACACCAAAGAAAGGAAAGUGGGAGAAAUUUAUUUGGCUAGAGAAUUUAAAAAUGCGAUCUUCGGAACAAUCUACAUGUGUUUAGGAAUACCACGCGCUCAUGUAUCGACUACACACCUCAUAAUCGACGAGGUUACUCAGACAAGCUUCUCCAUGAUGGUUCACCUCCUUUGCAAAUUACCACUUGUCCGGUCUGUUCUCUUGACGGGGGACGUCCGUCAAUUGGGCACGCAUUUGAAAGAACUACCAGAAGUAAUUCAAAGCGGUUACGGUCUUGAAAGCGUGACUGAUCAAAUGGAAAAUUGCGAAAGAGUAUCAGUCACCAUUUUGGAACGAUGUUACCGCUCGCAUCCCAUUAUAACUGAAUGCUUCAACUAUUCCUCGUAUGAAAAACACGACGAACGAGUAAUCGCUGCAGUUCCCGCAUCAAAGCGCACAGGAUUGACAAAGCUUGGAAUAAAUCUUCCGCGCAUCCUACUCACUUUCUUCACCUGA